AUGGGUAAACUAUCGUUUGAUUUCUCAGAGCUUCCUGGAACGGCCGAUCCAUGGGGACCUUCAGAUAAGGUUCCAGUGACCUUCCAGUUUAAUGAUGUGCCAUACGCACCAUUUUCCAAGACGGAUAAACUUGGAAAGGUCGCAGACUGGCAACAAGCCAAAGAGGAAGAUUUGCCAAGAAGAUACCAGGAAAGACGCAGAGACCAAUACCACGCCUAUGGAGCUUCAGCAGCCAAGCUAUUCGGUGCUGAAGCCAACGAGGAGGAUUUCUCGAUUGUGGAUACCAACACUCAACCAGAGAGCAAGCAAACGGUUCUUCGUGGAGGAAGAAGAGGACAGAUGAGGGGUGGCCGUGCAGACAAUGGAGGCCGGGGUGGAAGAGCCAGAGGAGGCGGUGCAGCUGGAAACGGAUGGAGAGAUAACGGUAGAAAUGAACGUUAUGACGGAAGAUCAGGAAACGGCAGAGGUGGAAACAACUGGAACAAUAGGGGCAAUUCUAGAUGGGGUGGUCGUGGCAGGUACAACAACAGCAGAUACGCAAGUAGAUACUACAAUCGGGAGGAGCAGAACAAGGACAGAAGUCCUUCGGUCAAGGUUGAGUCUGAUUGGCCACUUGUGUCGGAAAUUGAGCUUAAUAAGCUGACAAAGUUGAACUUGAUCGUCAAGAAGGCUGCCGAGACCAUUUCCACAUAUGGUACGUUGAACGUGUACAACAAGAAGUUCGAGUUGUUCAGACCGGAGCCAAUGAAACAGAGCAAGAGAUCAACACCUCACCAUCCGGCCACCAAGGACCCGGUUUUGCAGAAGUUGGCCUCUCAGGAGGAAGGAGGCGUGUUUGCCACCGAUUCUGUUCUUGCCCAGUUGAUGUGUGCCGUCAGAUCGGCAUACUCUUGGGAUAUAAUCGUCACGAAACGUAACGGUUCGAUCUAUUUCGAUCGUAGGGCCGGAACGGACAGAAUUGAAGUUGAUGAGAACUCGCAGACACCUCCUACAGAUGAAAAGAAGGACAGCAUUGACAGUGCCACAAACCUAUCUGAGGAAGCCACUGCCGUGAACAGAUCAUUUAUAGCAAGCUCCAUAACGACUGCCACGCACGAAUUGGAGCACUCUGAAACUCCAUUUGAGCCUAAGUCCGAGGCCUCAUUCAACACAGGCUACAAGUAUGUCAAAUACAGUCUUCCAACUGGUGACGACGAGCAUCCACUUAAUGUGUUUGUGAGAUCGCAGGCAGACGCGUAUCAGGCAGGAGACAAGCUUGUUUCUGUCAAUGCUUUGACCCAGUAUAACCCAAGUGCAUCGGAUGACUGGAAGACCAAGCUGGUUACCGGUUCGAGAGGUGUUAUCUUUGCCAGUGAGUUGAAGAAGAACAACAACAGAAUAGCCCGCUGGACCGCCCAGGCAAUGCUUGGAGACUUGGAUGCUUUGAAGAUUGGUUUCGUCUCCAGAAAGAUCCCUACAAACAACACAAAGCACGUUGUUGUUGGUGCUCUCACCUUUGCACCUGCAGUUCUCUCUGCCCAGAUAAGACUCUCCAUGGGCAACGGCUGGGGUAUCAUAAAGUCCUUGAUUGACAUUAUUGAUCAUGAGGGUGGCGAUGGAGAUUACAAAUUCCUCAUUUUCAGGGCCCCUGGUAUUCCUAAGCUCAGUAUUUACAGACUUCCACUUGAUGCCUUUGAGGAUUAG